CAAAACCUUCAAGUAAAAUUCUUAGUGAAAUAAAAAUUGAUGAUUCCAAAGUGAAUGUCAUCCAAACAUCUUCACUAGUACAAAAUGAUGCAAAUUCUGGAAUCCGAAGAACAUCCACUAGAGUAUCAAGAGCAAGUUUGAAAAAAGUAGUUGAAGCAGCUAAUAACCAAAUUACAACUCGAAACACUUUGUAA